CCCAGGCGAGGUGCGGCCUCCGCACAGGCGGGGGGCGUCGGCGCCGAGGGGCCCGCCAUGGCCGCGUCCGAGCUCUACACAAAGUUUGCCAGGGUUUGGAUACCUGAUCCUGAGGAAGUUUGGAAGUCAGCAGAGUUGCUCAAAGAUUAUAAGCCAGGAGAUAAAGUUCUCCUGCUUCACCUUGAGGAUGGAAAGGAUUUGGAAUAUCGUCUUGAUCCAAAGACCAAGGAACUGCCUCAUCUAAGAAACCCUGACAUACUUGUGGGUGAAAAUGACCUCACAGCCCUCAGUUAUCUUCACGAGCCUGCUGUACUCCAUAAUCUCAGAGUUCGCUUUAUUGAUUCCAAACUUAUUUAUACAUAUUGUGGUAUAGUCCUAGUAGCUAUAAAUCCUUAUGAACAGCUGCCUAUUUAUGGAGAAGAUAUUAUUAAUGCAUAUAGUGGUCAGAACAUGGGUGAUAUGGAUCCACAUAUCUUUGCAGUAGCUGAAGAAGCUUACAAGCAAAUGGCCAGAGAUGAACGAAAUCAGUCCAUCAUUGUAAGUGGAGAGUCUGGGGCAGGAAAAACAGUCUCAGCUAAGUAUGCCAUGAGAUACUUUGCAACAGUCAGUGGUUCUGCCAGUGAAGCCAAUGUUGAGGAAAAGGUGUUGGCCUCCAACCCCAUCAUGGAGUCAAUUGGAAAUGCUAAAACAACCAGGAAUGAUAAUAGUAGCCGUUUUGGGAAGUACAUUGAGAUUGGUUUUGAUAAGAGAUAUCGAAUCAUCGGUGCCAAUAUGAGAACUUACCUUUUAGAAAAAUCCAGAGUGGUGUUCCAGGCAGAAGAGGAGAGAAACUAUCAUAUCUUCUAUCAACUUUGUGCCUCAGCAAACUUACCUGAAUUUAAAGUGCUACGAUUAGGAGAUGCAAAUAACUUUCAUUACACGAAUCAAGGUGGCAGUCCUAUGAUUGAAGGAGUAGAUGAUGCCAAGGAGAUGGCGCAUACCAGGCAGGCCUGCACUUUGCUAGGAAUUAGUGAAUCUUAUCAGAUGGGAAUUUUCCGAAUACUUGCUGGCAUCCUUCACUUAGGCAAUGUUGUGUUUAUGUCUCGAGAUUCAGACAGCUGCACAAUCCCUCCCAAGCAUGAACCCCUCAGCAUCUUCUGUGACCUCAUGGGUGUGGACUUUGAGGAGAUGUGUCACUGGCUCUGCCAUCGGAAGCUGGCCACUGCCACAGAGACGUACAUCAAGCCCAUCUCCAAGCUGCAGGCCACGAAUGCCCGCGAUGCAUUGGCCAAGCACAUCUAUGCCAAGCUCUUUAACUGGAUUGUAGAUCAUGUCAAUCAGGCACUGCAUUCUGCUGUCAAACAGCAUUCUUUUAUCGGUGUGCUGGACAUUUAUGGAUUUGAGACAUUUGAGAUAAAUAGUUUUGAACAGUUUUGCAUAAAUUAUGCAAAUGAAAAACUACAGCAACAAUUCAAUAUGCAUGUCUUCAAAUUAGAACAAGAAGAAUAUAUGAAAGAACAAAUUCCAUGGACACUCAUAGAUUUUUAUGAUAAUCAGCCUUGCAUUAAUCUUAUAGAAUCUAAACUGGGCAUUCUAGAUUUGCUGGAUGAGGAAUGCAAGAUGCCUAAAGGUACAGAUGACACCUGGGCCCAAAAAUUGUACAACACACAUUUGAACAAAUGUGCACUAUUUGAGAAGCCCCGCCUAUCAAACAAAGCUUUCAUUAUCCAGCAUUUUGCUGACAAAGUGGAAUACCAGUGUGAAGGCUUUCUGGAAAAGAAUAAAGACACCGUUUUUGAAGAACAAAUUAAAGUUCUUAAAUCAAGCAAGUUUAAGAUGCUACCAGAAUUAUUUCAAGACGAUGAGAAGGCCAUCAGCCCAACCUCAGCCACCUCUUCAGGGCGCGUGCCUCUCACCCGCAUUCCUUCCAAGCCCACCAAAGGCAGACCAGGCCAGACGGCCAAAGAGCACAAGAAAACAGUGGGGCACCAGUUCCGAAACUCCCUCCACCUGCUUAUGGAGACCCUGAAUGCCACUACCCCUCACUAUGUGCGCUGUAUCAAGCCUAACGACUUCAAGUUCCCAUUCACGUUUGAUGAGAAGAGGGCAGUGCAGCAGCUGAGAGCAUGCGGUGUCCUGGAAACCAUUCGGAUCAGCGCAGCAGGUUUCCCCUCUCGGUGGACUUACCAAGAAUUUUUCAGCCGCUAUCGGGUCCUAAUGAAGCAAAAAGAUGUGCUAAGUGACAGAAAGCAAACAUGCAAGAAUGUUUUAGAGAAACUGAUAGUGGACAAGGACAAAUACCAGUUUGGGAAGACAAAGAUCUUUUUCCGGGCUGGUCAAGUGGCCUAUCUAGAAAAAUUGAGGGCAGACAAGCUGAGGGCUGCCUGCAUCCGGAUCCAGAAGACUAUUCGAGGGUGGCUGCUGCGGAAGAAGUACCUGCGCAUGCGCAAGGCUGCCAUCAUUGUGCAGAGAUACGUGCGAGGCCACCAGGCCCGAUGCUAUGCUAAGUUCCUGCGCAGAACCAAGGCAGCCACUAUCAUUCAGAAGUACUGGCGCAUGUGUGUAGCUCGCCGGAGAUACAAGAUCACGCGGACUGCCACGAUUGUCCUUCAGUCUUAUUUGCGAGGCUACUUGGCCAGAAACAGGUAUCACAAGAUACUCCGUGAGCACAAAGCAGUCAUCAUUCAGAAGUGGGUCCGUGGCUGGCUGGCUCGCACCUACUACAGGAGGAGCAUUCACGCCAUCAUCUACCUUCAGUGCUGCUUCCGACGGAUGAUGGCCAAGCGCGAGCUGAAGAAACUUAAGAUCGAGGCCCGCUCCGUGGAGCGCUAUAAGAAGCUCCACAUCGGCAUGGAGAACAAGAUCAUGCAGCUGCAGCGCAAAGUUGAUGAGCAGAACAAAGACUACAAAUGCCUCAUGGAGAAACUGACCAAUCUGGAAGGAAUAUACAACUCAGAGACUGAGAAACUACGAAGUGAUUUAGAACGUCUUCAGCUAAGUGAAGAAGAGGCUAAGAUUGCUACUGGACGGGUCCUCAGUCUGCAGGAAGAAAUUGCCAAGCUACGGAAGGACCUGGAACAAACUCAGUCUGAGAAAAAAUCCAUUGAGGAACGUGCUGAUAGAUACAAACAAGAAACUGAGCAGCUGGUGUCAAAUCUGAAGGAAGAAAAUACUUUGCUGAAGCAGGAAAAAGAGACCCUCAAUCACCGUAUCGUGGAGCAGGCUAAGGAGAUGACAGAGACUAUGGAGAAGAAGUUAGUAGAAGAAACAAAACAACUGGAACUCGAUCUUAAUGAUGAAAGGCUGAGAUAUCAGAACCUUUUGAAUGAAUUUAGUCGCUUGGAAGAACGCUAUGAUGACCUCAAGGAAGAGAUGACUUUGAUGGUGAAUGUGCCUAAGCCUGGACACAAGAGAACAGACUCUACCCACAGCAGCAAUGAGUCUGAAUAUACCUUUAGCUCUGAAAUUGCAGAAACAGAAGAUAUUCCAUCAAGGACAGAGGAGCCCAGUGAGAAGAAGGUGCCUCUGGACAUGUCAUUGUUCCUCAAGCUCCAGAAGCGGGUCACAGAGCUGGAGCAGGAGAAGCAGGUGAUGCAGGAUGAGCUGGACCGCAAGGAGGAGCAGGUGCUCCGCAGCAAGGCAAAGGAAGAAGAAAGACCACAGAUCAGAGGUGCAGAACUGGAAUAUGAGUCACUCAAGCGUCAAGAACUAGAAUCAGAAAACAAAAAACUGAAAAAUGAGCUAAAUGAGUUACGAAAGGCCCUCAGUGAGAAAAGUGCCCCUGAGGUGACUGCCCCAGGUGCGCCAGCCUACCGUGUCCUCAUGGAGCAGCUGACCUCUGUGAGUGAGGAGCUUGAUGUCCGCAAGGAGGAAGUCCUCAUCCUGAGGUCUCAGCUGGUGAGCCAGAAGGAAGCCAUCCAACCCAAGAACACAAUGACAGAUUCCACAAUACUUUUAGAAGAUGUACAAAAAAUGAAAGAUAAAGGCGAAAUAGCACAAGCAUAUAUUGGUUUGAAAGAAACCAACAGAUCAUCUGCUAUGGAUUGCCAUGAGUUGAAUGAGGAUGGAGAGCUGUUGCUGGUUUAUGAAGGGUUAAAACAAGCCAACAGGCUCCUGGAGUCCCAGCUGCAGUCUCAGAAGAGGAGCCAUGAGAACGAGGCUGAAGCUCUCCGCGGGGAAAUCCAGAGCCUGAAGGAGGAGAACAACCGGCAGCAGCAGCUGCUGGCCCAGAACCUACAGCUGCCCCCAGAGGCCCGCAUUGAGGCCAGCCUGCAGCACGAGAUCACUCGGCUCACCAAUGAGAACCUGUAUUUUGAGGAAUUAUAUGCAGAUGACCCUAAGAAGUAUCAAUCAUAUCGGAUUUCACUUUACAAACGGAUGAUUGAUUUGAUGGAACAACUCGAAAAACAAGAUAAGACUGUCCGGAAACUGAAAAAACAACUGAAAGUAUUUGCCAAAAAAAUUGGUGAACUAGAAGUGGGCCAGAUGGAGAACAUAUCGCCAGGACAGACCAUUGAUGAACCCAUUCGUCCAGUCAACAUUCCCAGGAAAGAAAAGGAUUUCCAAGGAAUGCUGGAAUACAAGAAGGAGGAUGAGCAAAAACUUGUAAAGAACCUGAUUCUGGAACUGAAGCCCCGUGGUGUAGCAGUCAAUUUGAUUCCAGGGUUACCAGCGUAUAUCCUGUUUAUGUGUGUUCGACAUGCUGACUACCUGAAUGAUGAUCAGAAAGUAAGGUCGUUGCUAACAUCAACAAUUAACAGCAUCAAAAAAGUAUUAAAGAAAAGAGGUGAUGAUUUUGAAACCGUCUCCUUUUGGCUUUCUAACACAUGCCGAUUUUUGCACUGUUUGAAGCAGUAUAGUGGAGAAGAGGGCUUUAUGAAACACAACACCUCUCGCCAAAAUGAACACUGCCUCACCAAUUUUGACUUGGCUGAGUACCGGCAGGUGCUCAGUGACUUGGCAAUUCAGAUCUACCAGCAGCUUGUGCGGGUGUUGGAGAACAUCCUUCAGCCAAUGAUUGUCUCCGGAAUGCUGGAGCAUGAAACCAUUCAGGGUGUCUCUGGGGUGAAGCCCACAGGGCUAAGAAAGCGAACCUCCAGCAUCGCUGACGAGGGUACCUACACACUGGACUCCAUCCUGAGACAGCUCAACUCCUUCCACUCGGUCAUGUGUCAGCACGGCAUGGACCCUGAAUUGAUCAAGCAGGUGGUCAAGCAGAUGUUCUACAUCGUGGGGGCCGUCACCCUGAACAACCUCCUCUUGCGGAAGGACAUGUGCUCCUGGAGUAAAGGCAUGCAGAUCAGGUACAAUGUCAGUCAACUAGAAGAAUGGCUGCGUGACAAGAAUUUGAUGAACAGUGGGGCUAAGGAAACCCUGGAGCCUCUCAUCCAGGCUGCUCAGCUUCUGCAAGUGAAAAAGAAAACAGAUGAUGAUGCAGAAGCCAUUUGUUCCAUGUGCAAUGCUUUAACUACUGCCCAGAUUGUCAAAGUGUUGAAUUUGUAUACACCGGUUAAUGAGUUUGAAGAAAGAGUUUCUGUGUCAUUUAUUCGUACUAUACAGAUGCGUUUACGAGACAGGAAAGACUCUCCUCAACUACUCAUGGAUGCAAAGCACAUCUUUCCUGUCACCUUUCCUUUUAACCCCUCUUCCCUUGCGCUAGAAACCAUCCAGAUUCCAGCCAGCCUGGGCCUGGGAUUCAUAUCACGGGUCUGAAAGUGAUAUCAAGGCAAAUAUUGACAAUACAUUUCUUGCCUGAAAUAAGAACCCAUUAUUUCAAGUGAGCUACUGAAAACACAUUUUAAAAGAUACUACUUAUUAUCUCCCAAAUAAAGGAUUAUUGACUAGAACUGCCCCUAGAAUACUUUUCAUCAUCUUGGAAAGAAAGACAGGUUCCUUUGUGCCAUGUUACCUUCAUAACAACACUUGUCCUUGGUCAGUUAGGUGUCUGCCAUUGACAUGCAGGUGAAUGAUGGAAGAAAAGAAAAAAUGUGUCUUCAGCUGCCAGCAUUUAUUUUAAAUCCUUAUCACUGCAUCUAAAUGAUAUAAAAAACCUGAUUCCAGAUAUGAAUAUGAGCUGUUGUUAAGAAGGCGCCAUCAAGGAACCUCCUAUGUGCUAACCAGAAGCAUUGAAAGAAAAAUCACCACCGAGUUCAUAUCAUACCAGCUUAGGAAUCAAUUAUGUUGAUAAUGUCAAACUGGAACAAACAAAUAAACUGGCAUUAUGUAAAGUAACUGGACAAGUAGCUCCCUUCUAUGUGUCAUUAUGAUGUAGAGAUAUUAAGAGAAUGUUGGUUUGCUUAGAGCAUGGAAGUCCAUUUGUACUGUAGUUUACUGAGCAUUUUAAAUUGCUGCUACAUACUAUGUUCUUUAAAAUGUAAGCGAUAUUCAUAUUAGGCACUACAACAAUAAGCUUCUCUUUUAUCAACUCUGUUUACAGUCCAAUCAGAUUAGUUUUAACUGGAUUACGUGCACAUAUCUACAGAUUCACCCUCACAAGUAGCAGACACUGGGAAGUCAUGUAGUAAUAUGACACAACGUUUGACAUUUAGGGAUAGGAGUAGGCAAAGUGGUUAAUGUUGAUGUCAUUUUUUCAGGAUGUGUUAUAUUGAUGUGCUCAUUAACUUUCCCUGGGUGAUAUCACAUCAGGGUACAGUGUUCUGUGAAGUGACUUAUUUUUAGUUACUAAAUCUGAUUCCUGCAGUGCAUAUUUUCAACCCUGACAGGUUUUCUUUCUUCUUAAUUUAUUAAGAAUUAAUCUCAGUAUCUAGAGAGGAUUGUCAGAAUAUUCAUGAUUCAGGUCUUGAAAUCUUGUUUCUUUUAUAAAUUAUGCAAAAGAAAGUAUAUAAUAAAUAAUUGAUUCCAUUUUUUAGGCUUUGCAACUUCUAUAAAUGUUCUCAGUACCACUAGGUAUUUUCCAGAGCAUCAUAUUAGAAAUACUUUGACCUAUAUAAAAAUAUAAGGAAAUUGCUGAAUUUUACAGAGGACUUGGUUUAAUAAGACCCAGAUUCUAUAAGUUUUCAUUCUGACAUUCUAAAUAAACAUACCAUUUGUCCCACAAAUCUUAAACAAUAAAUGUUUCAGAUUGUGCAAAAGCAAAUUCUUAGCUUUCACUAGAAACUCUGGUUUGAAAUUACAAUCAUAGAUUUGUGUAAAUUAACUGUUAGAUGAUCUAUAAAAUAUGUGCAAUAUUAUUAAUGGAAGUAAAACAUUUUCAAAUCAGUGAUAAAAAUUGUUAUUAAAAGAUAAAUUCUGUCUGUUAACUUAUUUGAGCGUCAAAUUCCUCAUUUAUACAGUAAGAGUGUUAGACAGCCGGUUCCUAAGGUCCCUUCCACUUCUGAAGUUCUCUCCUCGGAGUGCUUGGACCACAGAGAAGUGAGCUGCAGGUAUUUGGUAAGGUUAGCCUAGUGUUUGAAGCACGUUAAUUUUGAGGGAUUAAUAAAAUGUAAAAUCGUAGGUUUAUGAAGCUAUAAUCUUUCUUAAAUGUACAUGGUUUAUAUUCAUGCUUUUAGAAAUUUAGUUCAGGUAAUUUCUAUUGAAUUGUGUACUGCUGUAUUCAGAUUGGGUACAUUUAUUCAUUUGCAAAAUCAAGCAAAAAUGCUACUUCGGAUUCUUUCAACUUUCCCUGGUUGUCAAUGUGGUUUUCAAUAACUUUUGAAACCACCUAAUUAGUACUGAAUGUGUCAGAGUCUAAGAACAUAGAUGGGACUUGGGUGGGAGAGAUGUCCCCUUAAAUGCCACUGUGAUUGUAGGCUCCCCUACUGAAACCUGGAAAUCCUCCCAGGCCCUCUCCAGGUUAGUCCUGUGUAGCAUGUUCCACACACACCCUGAGUCACGUCAGAUCUUCAGGCUCACGCUCUAGCUUCCACUGCCUCUGCAGCCCUUUGUCUUUCCCACAGACAGCUUGUAUACUGAGGCAUGUCUAGUCUGGGCCUUUCUUUCUCUCCUAUCUCCCAUCUUUCUGCUACAGAGAGCCUCUAUUCCACACCCGAGCCACAGGCUCUCCUGUUCAGGGAUGAUCACACAAAGAUUAUGCUAUUUCACGGCUCCAACUUCCUCCAGGGCCUAUCCAGAACCCCAGAUGGGGAUCUGAAUUAAUUUCUCUUAGUGGCCUGAAGAUUUUAGUCAGAACAGAAAUACCUUACAACCACAGAACUCCAAAUCCUGGUAAGUCAUUCUGUGUCCUAGUUUCUUGGAGAUGCAACAAUAUUCUGCUGACUGUGGGUAUCCUUGGCCUCUCUGAGGGCUUCUCACCUUUCCCUCUGUCCAUUCACACUUUAUUACCCAGCCUCAAACAAACCUCUGCCAGCCCUCCACACCAUCUACCCACUCACUUAUCCAUUCAUUCUUUCCCUUCCUUCAGCCAGGUAUCCCCUCAACUGUCUGCUCCCCUGCUCUGACUGUGUUGAAGGCUGUGGGUGGGGUCAGCCUUCAGUGGUUCUGCCCGCCUGCCUGAGGACUUCUUUUCAGGCCAGUUUUUACAUGAGUUCUUACUGUUCUCACUUCUCUGCAGUACUUCUUAGCUUACUACUCGUACGCUUGUUCAUAAUUCCUCCAUGCCACACUAUAGGAACUCAAAGACAGAGUUCUUCGAGAAAACAAUUCACUUGUCUCAAUAGCCACUUCUCAGUAGUCUCUUCCCCACUCACCUUACAUGGAGACUCAGCUCACACCUUGGAAAGCAAACCUGAAAACUUAGAAGCAGUUUCCCUUCUUGUACCUUCUUUCAGGUGAAGGUUUUGCUCUGCCUGAGAGAAACUAUAAUGAAGGGGGAAAGAUGAGCAUGGGGUAAAAUCCAUCAAGUGUAGCUUCAUGGUUCCUUCUGAAGUUGUGAAAAUUCCCCGUGCACCUGACACUUCUUUCCUCGAUUGCGAAAGUACAAAAAUAUGUAUUCCAAAGCCAACUGAGAGAAGAUUUGGGGAUUUGGGCCAGUUUGUCUCAUUUGCUUUAUUUCAUUCAUUUCAAUGGAUAAUUCAAAGUUGCCUCUUUCUGGGUAAGUGAUUAUGUAUAAUAUAGAUCAAAGCUUUUAAUAACACAGUUUAACCAAUUUAUUUUAUUAGAAUUUCAGUAUAGUGGUGGUUGUGAGAAAUGUCUUCCCUGGUAACCCUAGGUGAAGGGGCACCUGGCACCAUCCUGAGAUGUCCUCAUAUUCUCUUUUUCUCUCUCUCUCUUCCACACAUACACAGUCUUCAGUAACUUCAACUGUUUAACAUAAAACAAAGCAAAAAUGUCACAUGUGGCCCUUCAGUUAUCCUGGUGAAAGGGAGUGUAGAAACAGUACCUUGUGUCUGGCCGUGCUUUACUCCAGCUCACUUGCUCUGUUACCUCAUUGUGUCCUCACAGCAGCCCUGGAAGGUAGGAGGGUAGCUACUGCCGUCCUUGUGUGUGUGAAAAUUUGAGACAGAGGUAAGUGAGUUGGCUCACUAAGGUUGCCUAGGUUGCCUAAGCUGUGCCAUCAUUCCACACUCAGCAGUGGCAGUGAGAGCACUUGUGGGACAGGAGACUUGAGAAAGCCCCCAGGUUCCAUUUUGUUCCUCCUGGUACCCGUGGGGUGCCCUGGCCCAGCACAAGCUGCUCUGUUUCUCUAUCAGAGUUGGCUACUGGCCUAUGGGAGGUGAAUAAACGCUGAGUACCAAGUUCUUGGUGCUGAUCAGAUCGGGUGCCUUGUGGUUUCCCUUUUGUCAUAGUUACAAACUAUAACUGGGCUUCCCUUGUGGCCCAGCUGGUAAAGAAUCUGCCUGCAAUGCAGGAGACCUGGGUUUGAUCCCUGGUUUGGGAAGAUACCCUGGAUAAGGGAAAAGCUACCCACGCCAGUAUUCUGGCCUGGAGAAUUCCAUAGUCCAUGGGGUCACAAAGAGUUGGACACGACUGAGCGACUUUCACUUUUACCAACUAUAACUAGGUUUGGCUUUUGUAAUAGAUCAGUGCCCCACCCCCCCGGAGGGUGCAGGACUCUGUUUUGGUCAUUAUUUAGUAGCAGGCUGUCCCAGCCUGACAGGAAAUGGAGAGAGCCUCCCAACAGUUAGGAAGAAGGUCACUGUCAACACACAGCCCUCAGAGUCACUAUGAGAGCCACCGGGUGAGCUAGCUGAGCAGCCUGGAGAGAGCCUGAGGGCACAGGCCAAGUUCCUGGGUCCCUGCUGAGGGCUGUCUACCAGGCAGGCCACACACAGGGCUUUGUGUGUUUGAACAUGACAGUGUGUACAUGCUGCCAGUGUUGGCUUUGGAGCCAAGAGGUUAGGGAGGCACUGUGUAUGCAUAAGUGCAUUGAUUUCUUCUCAGGCUGUGCUGUGAGGGCCGCCUUAACCCCUGCUCCCUUCCCUCCUAGAGCUGCCUUAAGUUCUCUGGAACUCCUCCUCUGUAAGGGGAAGUCUUGCCUGGAAAGGUAUCUUGCCCUGUUUCACAAGGUGUGAGGGUGUGGGUGGGCGUGGCCUCCUUUCUUCCUUCCCAUUCUGCAUGACCCUCGCCUCCUGUUGCUUCUUCCUUUGCUCUCAUUUCCCAACACUUAUUGGAACUCUGAGGCAGCAACAACCUCAGAGCCAAUGAAAUGUAAUCUUAGUGUUUCCUGAGUUUGGGGGACUCUGUGUUACAAGUAAGCAAAUGAACGUAUGAAAGAAAUAUAGAGAUAAUUUAGAUUCUUGGUAAUUCUUAAAUGGCUUGUUUCCCACUGAACUGACGUUUUCUUAGGCUAAGGGUAUAAUUGUAAAACCUUUCAUGGACAUUCAUUAAUUUUUUUUAAGAACACUUUACCCAUAUCAAAACUGGAGUGAAAAUAGGAAAGAGUGCUAUAAUUCUAAUUUAUUGUAUUACCCUAAAUUAAGUCAAACCGAGAUUACAAUAGAUGUCUCAAUGGAUCAGGAACUGGAAAGGCACUAUGUAAAAUAUCUGCCAAAAUACAUUUUAUACAUUUUUUAUUUUAUAAUUUGGUCUAGUUAAAAUGCUCAUUAGCUCAAUUUAAUGGGUGUUACUAGAUUCAUUACAGUGUCUAAAUAUGAAUACCAUUUCCUUAGUAUUGUAAUGUUGCUUGAAAUAUUUGACAGAAAACAUUUCUUUCUAGAAAAGUGUUUUUUGAAUUGAAGUUUAUAUGUACAAUUCAAUGCUUAGUAGGUCAGUAUACAUUUUCAUGACAUUUUUCAGAGUCGAUAGUUUUAAAUAUCUUAUUGUUAUUAUAUGUUAUAAAAACAGCCUACAUUUCAGGCUCUCUACAACACUUGAGCCAUUUAAUUUUUCCAACAUAUGCUGAAUUUUUCCUUCAAAUGUGGAUAUAUGUGUUAUAAUUUAUGAUCCUAAUUGUGUAUUUUUGUGGAACCCAGGAAUUACAUUGAUUUUCUUGUUUCCUUGGAGAAUUUAAGUUGCUCUAACAGUGUUGCAUAGAAAUGAGCUUAUGACAUUUAAUGUAUUGUAUUUUAAUUACUAACUUCAAUUCUCAACUUACUGUGAAAUGGAUAUGUCUUUUAACUGCCAUAGCAUUGAACAUUGCAGUUUUUCUUUUUCCUUGUUGGAUCUGGAAAAGGAAUUCUACUUUGACCUACAUAGAGAAACAUGAUCUAGUUAAUCUUUGAAAAGUUCUUAGGUGAAAUAUUCCUCCAUGAAAAAUGAAGCAAAAGUACUGAAAAGUGAAAGGCAUUAUCAACCAACUUUUAAACUAAACCCACCCUAGCAUAUCUCACAUGAAAUUUUUAAAAAUAAGUUAAGAAUGCACCUCAUGUCAAAAAAAGCCUUUGAAACAUAGGUUUUCACUAGAUAUCACCUAGUGCUAAGAUGAAAAAACCAAGGCAAUAUCAGAUAGACAUUUAUGCUCUAAAUUUAUAGUUGUCUGAUGUUGUACUUAGUAAAUGUGUGUCAUUAAUGCUGUAUUCUCCUAGCUAUUAAUAUUGUUCAAAUAAAGAUAUGGAUGUAAA